AUGGCGAACCUUUCGAGCCUGGUGCACGAGCUCCGAGAACGCAUAGCGGCCUCAUCAUCAACUCCUCUCAACAACCAAAACGACGACGCUUUAGAGUCCCGAUUCCGCGCCGUCCUCCCCAAUCUCCUUCACGCCUAUGUCGUCCCUUCUUCCUCCGCGAAAGAGAGAGAGGUGAUUGCAGUACUAAAACUAUUGGCACACACUGCAAAAAAUUUUCCCGGCGUUUUCUAUCACGGAAAGGCUAGCGCAGUGCUUCCUGUUAUCGGUCGCAUUUUGCCCUUUUUUGCUGAGCCCUCAUUCCGCUCUCGACAUGGAGUGAUUUUCGAGACAGUUGGAUCCCUUUUGUCCUUGUUGCGUACGGGAGAUCGAGAUGCCUACCGGCAGUUCUUCAUGGAUACAUUGUUGCUAACUGAAGAUCUGUUGUAUGUAGCUUCAAUUAGUGACAAGUCAAGCUCAACAGAAUCAAAAAAAGUGUCAGUGAAGUGUUUCCAUGAUUCUUUUGCUGGAAUUUGCAAUGAAACUGCUCUUCUCAGCGAUCUUCCAGCAUGUAGCAAACCUCUGAAUGGCUAUGGAAUAUUGAUUAAUCUCUCUGGGAAGGAUAGAUGGCUGCCUUUUGCUACUUCAGCGAUCAAGCUUCUCUGUAAAUGCCUAACUGAUGGAACUUUAUAUGUUGAAGGACUCCUGGAUGCUUCAUCUGCUUGGGCUGUCUGCACCCUUUUGUCCUAUGGAGAUGAUGAUCUGCAUAUGGCAUGUUUUGACUUCGCACGCCUCAUUGAAGCAGGCAAAAACAAUGAAAUUGUUCGCAUUGAAAAUUUAAUUCGGUCAAUGAUUACUAUCUUAAGCGAAGCUGUGGAGGGAGUUUCAGUAUUCAGAAGUGCCAUUUAUGAUUCUUCUUUGGGGGCAAGCCUUCAUGCCUUGCAUUCCAGUUGUCCUGAAGACGUCAUGCAUUCUACAGCUCAAGAGUUAGUACGCAUCUUUCCUGAAUCACUGCUGAAAACAAGGAGCCUGGAGCUUAAGGUUGGCUUGUGCAGUGCAUAUAUGCGGAUCGUUAAAAGUUGCCCUCCACAUAUCUGGAGGCCAGAAUGUCUUAUUCAUGUGCUUUGCUCAUCCAAGCCUAUUUUUCCAUUGAUAGACUGCUUUCAGGCUGCUGUAUCCAGGCUUGGUCCUGAUCUUGUUGGAAGUGGAGCAUCUGAUGAAAACGGUACGGGUUUAUCAACACCUAGAGACGAUGAAGACGAUAGUUCAAGGAUUGGGGGAAAAAGACCCGUUAAGGACCCAGACACGCAGCAUACAAAGCGACAAAAGAUAGAUGAUAAAUGUAAGGAUCCGAGUAAAUAUUGUGAAGAACUGAGCCAGUUUGCUCAUAGUUUUACUCGACCUGGGAAACAAGAAUACACUGAUUAUAUGCGUACCUCCUUAAGUUUAUUUGUUGAACUUCUAAAACCUCCUAGAGAGAACUCCAAUCCAUUAAUGACAGAAGUCGCCUUAACAGCUCUAAGCACACUCUGUAUUGUUUUUUCUGAUAACCCUCAAUCCAAUCUUUCUUGUCGUAUAUUUCGGCAGAUGUGUGACUGGAUUUCUUGGAUGUCUGAGCAGGCAAAGCAAGAACUUCUGUUUUCUCUUGAUUUGCCCAUAUUUCUGGAAGCAGUCGACAGCUUAUUGCUCUUGCAAGGAUCACUUCCUGCAGAGAAUAAGCAUAUUCUCUUCAAACGUGAGGGUAAUAGUGCUGAUCUUUUGCGACCAGUGCUGAAGCUUUCGUGGAACCGCACUCCCUUAAUAAUUGAACCCAUUCCUCCCUGGAAAGCAAAAUGUCUCUCAGUUCGAUUGCUUUCUAGGGCAAGGUUGAUAGAACACGUGCAUCUUGAUGUAUUGGACUUGGGUCUUCACGAUGAAGCAGAAGAAGUUAGAAUCGAAUCCAUCAUUUCUCUGCCAGUGAUCGUUCUGCGCUCUGGUUUUGGUUUCCUGACACACGUGUUCAGCAGGCUGGAAAUUCUAGAAAAAGAGAAAAAUGAGCAAGUUAAGAAAGUCAUUCCCCUCUGUAUUGGUUAUUUGGCAUGCAUCUAUGGAGCCUGUAAUGGUGUAGCUGGACUCUAUGAAAGUGAAUGCAAAUUAUACUUGAAGAAGGAAAUGGAGAAUCAAAACUUUUCAGUAGAUUAUCUGUUGCGAGGAUUUUGGUGUUCAAACUGUGACCGAAGAGUCUCUCUAAAUCAUGGGUCGUAUUUAACAGUGCUGCAUCUGCCUAACACCCAUAAUACGGAAUUUCUUUCGAGUUGUAAUUAUGUCAAUUUGCAGUCCCUCCUUUUCAAGCUCCUAUAUGAUGAAUCAUCCGAAGAAGUUCAAGUUGCCUGUGUAGGAAUGAUUAAGCGGAUCCUUCUGCAUGGAACUGAAGAAAUUCUGCUUAAAACUAGAUCUGAAUGGGUAAGAUGCAUUGAUUUCUUACUCCUUCACAGGAAAAAGCUUGUGAGACAGGCAUUCUGUGCCCAGAUUAGUUUCUUCCUUGAAGAGCGUGUUUUGAAUUGUUUAUUCUUAAAUGAGGAUGCUGUGAAUAAAUCCAAAGAACAGAGGUUCAUGGAUAAAAUAAAACAUGCUCUGAUGUCAACUGAAGAUCCCCUGGUUUUUGAGACUCUUCUGGAAGCCACAGCAGCCAUCAUGCAAGCUGUUAGUAUUUACAGUCAGUUGUAUUUGUUCUCUCUUAUUUUAUUGAUUGGUCAGCUCGAUAGUCCUUAUGUGACAGUGAGGUUAACUGCAUCAAAAUUGAUUAAAAGAUCCUGCUACAUUCAUCAUAAAGGAGGAUUUGAACCACUCCUUGCCAAAGCUCUGCAUAUUCGAAAUGAACUGUAUGAUUAUCUGUCUCUGAGGCUUGCAAGCAGACCAAAAAUGGUUGAAGAGUUUGCAGCAGGCGCUCUUGGCAUUGAAACUGGAGAACUUGUCAAAAGGAUGAUACCUGUUGUUCUUCCAAGGCUCGUGGUUUCCCUGCAGGAUAAUGAUCAAGCAGUGGCCACUUUAUACGAGUUAGCCAAGUGUUUAAACACUGAUAUGGUGCAACUAAUUGUCAAUUGGCUUCCUAAAGUGCUUGCCUUAGCUCUCCAUCGAGCUGAUGGGCGAGAGUUACAAGCUGCUUUGGAGUUCUACCAUGAACAUACUGGAUCUGACAACCAAGAAAUUUUUGCUGCUGCUUUACCUGCACUCUUGGAUGAACUUAUUUGCUUUACAGAUGAAGAUGAUUCGGAAGGGAUAACUAAAAGGUUAGCUAGGGUACCUCAGAUGAUAAAAGAAGUUGCAAAAAUUCUGACUGGUAAUGAAGAUCUUCCAGGAUUUUUAAAGAAUCAUUUUGUUGGUCUACUCAACAGCAUUGAUAGAAAAAUGCUCCAUGCAGAGGAUCUGUUAUUGCAAAAACAGGCCAUUACACGCAUAGAAAUGCUAACUAAUUUGAUGGGUUCCCAUCUUAGCACUUAUGUGCCAAAAAUUAUGGUUCUUCUCAUGCAUGCCAUUAAUAAAGAAUGGCUUCAGGGUGCGGGUCUUUCCGUCUUGCAUUUCUUCAUAAAGCAACUUGCUUUGGUGUCACCUUCUAGUACCAAGCAUGUGAUCUCUCAAGUUUUUGCUGCUCUGAUUCCUUUCUUGGAGAGAGAAAAGGAAAAUUCUUCUUCAAAUUUGCAAAAGAUUGUUGAUAUCUUGGAAGAACUUGUGCUGCAGAAUAAAUUUGUUUUGAAACAGCAUAUUAGUGAGUUACCUCCCAUGCCCGACAUUCCUGCUCUAGCAGAAGUAAACAAAGCAAUACAAGAAGCGCGUGGAUUGAUGUCCUUGAAAGAUCAAUUACGUGAUGUUGUGGAUGGAUUGAAUCAUGAAAACUUGAAUGUCCGAUACAUGGUUGCAUCGGAGUUGAGCAAGUUGUUGAACCUGAAAAGGGAGGAUGUCAUGGCUUUGGUCACUAAGGAAGGGGAUUUAGUUACAGAUGUGAUGAGCUCUUUGAUUACAUCACUCCUUAAAGGGUGUGCAGAGGAAUCAAGGACCUCAGUUGGACAGCGGCUGAAAUUGAUAUGUGCUGAUUGCCUUGGAGCGCUAGGUGCUGUAGAUCCUGCCAAGGUCAUGGGAUACACAAACACCCGGUUUAAGAUUGCAUGUUCUGACGAUGAUUUAAUUUUUGAGCUGAUCCAUAAGCAUCUAGCCAGGGCCUUCAGAGCUGCACCUGACACCAUUAUUCAAGAUUCAGCUGCAUUGGCUAUUCAGGAGCUGCUAAAGUUUGCUGGUUGUGAAGCAUCACUCGAUGAGAAUGUUUUAGGUUCACUUUCAGAGCCACAAAAUAAACCAACCCUGAAGGUGUCAAAAUCUUCCAAGAGAUUGGAUAAUGACAAUGAAAUUUAUGGAAGGGGUCAGAGAUUGUGGGAUCGUUUCUCUAAUUAUGUUAAAGAGAUAAUAGCACCUUGCUUGACGUCUAGAUUUCAGCUUCCAAAUGCAGAUUUGCCAUCUUCUGGUCAUAUUUAUCGCCCUUCAAUGUCUUUCAGAAGAUGGAUAUAUUUUUGGAUUAAAAAAUUGACAGUGCAUGCUACAGGGCCUCGGUCAACUAUUUUUAAUGCUUGUCGAGGUAUAGUGCGCCAUGAUAUGCAAAUAGCAAUGUAUCUUCUGCCUUAUUUAGUCCUGAAUGCUGUCUGUGAUGGUUCUGAGGAUACCCGCCAUGGCAUAACAGAGGAGAUUCUAUCAGUUCUUGAUGCGGCAACUUCAGAUAAUAGCACUGCUGCUGUUCAUGGAAUUAAUUCUGGGCAAAGUGAAGUCUGCAUUCAAGCUGUGUUUACUCUUCUUGAUAAUCUAGGCCAAUGGGUGGAUGAUGUUGAGCAAGAACUUGCCCUUUCCCAAUCUCUUCAAUUGUCUAAUUCUAAACAACAAUCAGGGAAAUUGAAGGAUCAGAGUACAAGUCUUCCAACAGGUUCGGACCUGGUGCUUGUCCAGUGUAGACAUGUCUCUGAGCUCUUGGAUGCAAUUCCCAAAAUGACCCUUGCCAAGGCAUCUUUCAGGUGUCAGGCUUAUGCCAGGUCUUUAUUGUACUUUGAGUCUUACGUGCGGGAAAAGUCGGGAUCAUUCAAUCCAGCUUCUGAAAGGAGUGGUGUCUUUGAGGAUGAAGACAUUUCAUUUCUAAUGGAAAUAUACAGUGGUUUAGACGAGCCAGAUGGCUUAUCAGGUUUGGCAUGUUUACGAAAGUCAAAGAGCUUACAAGACCAUCUUCUAAUAAAUAAAAAAGCAGGAAAUUGGGCUGAAGUGUUGACUUUUUGUGAGCAGGCUUUACAGAUGGAACCUACUUCUGUUCAGAGGCAUUCAGAUGUCCUUAACUGCUUGCUAAACAUGUGCCAUUUGCAGGCCAUGGUUACUCAUGUGGAUGGAUUAAUUUCCAGGAUUCCUCAAUACAGGAAAACAUGGUGCAUGCAGGGUGUUCAGGCUGCAUGGAGGCUUGGCAGGUGGGACUUGAUGGAUGAGUACCUGACUGGGGCUGAUGAAGAAGGUUUACUUUGUAGCAGCUCUGAAAGCAAUGCUCUCUUUGACAUGGAUGUUGCAAAGAUUCUUCAGGCAAUAAUGAAUAAAGAUCAAUUUUCAGUUGCUGAGAAAAUUGCAUUGUCUAAACAAUCUUUGAUUGCUCCUUUGGCUGCUGCUGGGAUGGAUUCUUAUGCACGAGCGUAUCCAUUUGUUCUAAAGCUUCAUAUGCUUCGGGAGCUUGAGGAUUUCAACUCUCUCCUCAAUGGUGAGUCUUUCUUGGAAAGAACUUUUGAUAUCAGUGAACCAGAAUUCUCAAUAGUAUUGGAAAAUUGGGAAAGUCGGCUCAAACUCACUCCACCAUCUCUCUGGGCAAGGGAACCCCUGUUGGCCUUCCGGAGGCUUGUUUUUGGUGCCAGUGGUCUUGGUGCUCAAGUUGGGAAUUGCUGGAUACAAUAUGCGAAGCUUUGUCGUUCAGCUGGUCACUAUGAGACAUCGAAUCGGGCAAUUUUGGAAGCCGAGGCUGCAGGUGCUCCCAAUGUUUACAUCGAAAAGGCUAAGCUUCUAUGGAGCACUAGGCGAGCUGAUGGUGCCAUUGCAGAGCUGCAGCAAUCCCUUCUCAACAUGCCUACAGAGGUCGUUGGCUCUGCUGCUAUUUCAUCAAUCACCAGCCUCUCAGUAGUUCCUUUGAACCCUCCACCUUUACUUUGCAAUGUCGAAUCUAUGAAUGAUAAUCAAGAUGUAGCAAAGACACUCCUCCUAUAUUCCAGGUGGAUUCACUACACUGGGCAAAAGCAGAAGGAAGAUGUGAUAAGUCUGUAUUCCAGGGUGAAGGAGCUACAACCCAAGUGGGAGAAAGGAUACUUCUAUAUGGCAAAAUAUUGUGAUGAAGUGCUUGUUGAUGCCAGAAAACGACAGGAAGAUAAUUCUGAGCAAUCUCCCAGAGCAACUCCAUCCAAUUUAUCUCUUGUUGCUUCUGCAAAUGCAAGUACUGAGAGAAGGUGGUGGACAUACCUUCCUGAUGUGCUUUUAUUUUAUGCGAAGGGGCUUCACAGGGGCCACAAGAACCUCUUUCAGGCUCUACCAAGGUUAUUAACAUUGUGGUUUGAAUUUGGGAGCAUUUAUCACAGAAGUGGUCAAUCUUCCAAUAAAGAUAUGAAGAAUAUCCAUGGGAAGGUCAUGAGCAUCAUGAGAGGGUGUCUAAAGGAUUUGCCAACUUACCAGUGGUUAACUGUUUUACCUCAAUUGGUUUCAAGAAUAUGCCACCAAAAUGAAGAAAUUCAUAUCAUUACUUCUAUUCUUCGGCGAUAUCCACAACAAGCCCUUUGGACCAUGGCAGCAGUUACAAAAUCCACAGUUCCUACAAGGAGGGAGGCUGCUGCAGAGAUUAUACAAGCUGCAAGAAGAGGAUCCUCUCAGGGAGGUUCCAAUUCCAUGUUUGUACAGUUUGCUACUCUAGUUGAUCAUCUAAUACGGUUGUGCUUCCAUCCAGGCCAAUCAAAGAUGAGAACAAUCAAUAUAUCAACCGAAUUUAGUGCCUUGAAGAGGAUGAUGCCCGUGGAAAUCAUUAUGCCAACCCAGAAAUCCCUUACAGUUAAUCUACCUUCAUAUGAUGUGAAUAUUACUGAUUCGGGAACAUCUGAUAUCUUCUCGUACACCGAUCUGCCUACAAUAUCUGGAAUAGUGGAAGAGGCUGAGAUCCUUUCCUCUCUUCAACGUCCAAAGAAAGUAAUUCUCUUGGGUAGUGAUGGACUUGAAUAUCCAUUUCUCUGCAAGCCAAAGGAUGACCUUAGGAAAGAUGCCCGCAUGAUGGAAUUCAAUGCGAUGAUAAAUCGUUUACUAUCCAAAAGCCCUGAAAGUCGUAGGAGGAAGCUUUACAUUCGUACUUUUGCAGUUAUUCCACUGACGGAAGAUUGUGGUAUGGUUGAGUGGGUGCCUCACACUCGUGGCCUCCGACAUAUCCUCCAGGACAUUUAUAUAAGUUGUGGAAAGUUUGAUCGUCAGAAAACAAACCCUCAAAUUAAGCGUACUUAUGACCAAUGUCAAGGCAAAAUGCCAGAAGAUGAAAUGCUGAAAACCAAAAUUUUACCAAUGUUCCCUCCAGCUUUCAAUAGAUGGUUUUUGAACACAUUUUCUGAACCAGCUGCUUGGUUCAGGGCUCGGGUUGCCUAUGCACAUACUACUGCAGUUUGGUCCAUGGUUGGGCACAUAGUGGGCCUUGGAGAUCGACACGGUGAAAACAUCCUUUUUGAUUCUACCACAGGUGACUGUGUUCAUGUUGAUUUCAGUUGCUUGUUUGAUAAAGGCCUGCAGUUGGAGAAGCCAGAGCUGGUGCCUUUUAGGCUGACGCAGAACAUGAUUGACGGGCUGGGCAUUACUGGAUACGAGGGAAUUUUUCUUAGGGUCUGUGAGAUCACACUUUCGAUUCUGAGGACGCACAAGGAAACACUCAUGAGUGUUCUUGAGACUUUUAUUCACGAUCCUCUAGUGGAAUGGACAAAAUCUCACAAGUCCAGUGGGGUAGAGGUUCAAAAUCCUCAUGCACAGCGAGCCAUCAGUAAUAUCGAAGCACGUUUACAAGGAGUUGUUGUUGGUGUUGGAGCAGCUCCAUCUUUGCCUCUUGCUGUAGAGGGGCAAGCCCGUCGUCUGAUUGCCGAAGCUAUUUCUCACAAAAAUCUAGGAAAGAUUUACUUCCUGGAUAUGCUGGCUGGCAGUAGGAAUGGCAAAGAAAGAUUCUUUUUAACUGAGAGGAGCUAUAUAGCUAGAUAUUGA